CUUGCGUCUCCUGGCUUCGCUGGCUCCUGCAGGCGUGCAAAGGGCUGGCGGCGUAGAGAUGCCUGCCUCCCAUCCCUUUGCUCGGUCUCCCCUUUCAGUUCCGAAGUGCUGAUGUGCGGAGCGGAUUCCUCUUCCCGGAGCGGCGGCGGCUCGCGCUCGGCCGCGGGGUCCUGGCAGCGGAGCGGGAGCCGGAGCUCUGGGCGCAGCUGAGCCCGCGCCGGGCGCGGCCGUGGCAAGUUGGGACCUCGAGCAGGACGCCCCCGGGGUGGGCGGCGAGUUUGCCCAAAGGCGUCCGUCCCCGCCUCCCGGGAGACGGGCUCCUUUACCUGCCCUCCGCCCACCCGCGGGCCGCUGGCCAACUUCCCCCUGCGAGGGAGGCUAACAGCCAGCGCUUGCCCUCUCCUUCCCGUCCAGCCGGCAUCCGCAUGUCUCCGGACACCUGAACACUAGCGACCUGCCGAGGAACGUUCCUGGUGGCGAGGAGGUGGGGGGCAGCAAGAGCCCCGGUCCCCGCACUGUCCCCAGCCCGCCCCGACCCCGCACGUCCCCGGAGGCCGGCUGGGCUCAGGGUCCCAUCCCCUCCUUUCCCUCCGGCUGUGGCGGCGGCGGCGGAGGAGGAUGGGGUUGGCAAUGCCUCCCCAGAGGAGGAUGCUCCUGUGGCUGCUGUCCUCCGGGAUCGUUUUUUCCUACGGGCAGCCGUGGGUCUGCGCUGGCCUGGAUUACGAUUACACUCUGGCUGGGAGCGAAGAGGACCAAACCGAGACGAUAGAUUACAAGGACCCUUGCAAAGCCGCUGUAUUUUGGGGUGACAUUGCCUUAGAGGAUGAAGAUUUAAAUAUCUUCCAAAUAGAUAGGACCAUUGACCUGACGCAGAACCCUUUUGGACAGUUGGCACAUGCCACAGGUGGACUUGGAGAUCAUGCGAUUUCGAAGAAACGCGGGGCCCUGUACCAGCUUAUAGACAGGAUAAGAAGAAUUGGCUCUGGCUUGGAACAAAACAGCACAGUGAAGGGAAAAGUGCUUCCCAAAUCCUCAGGGCCGAAUGAGAAGAACCGAGUACCCAGAGCUGCCACCUCAAGAACUGAGAGAAUCUGGCCUGGAGGCGUGAUCCCGUACGUGAUAGGAGGCAACUUCACUGGCAGCCAGCGAGCCAUGUUCAAGCAGGCCAUGAGACACUGGGAAAAGCACACGUGUGUGACUUUCAUUGAAAGAACUGAUGAAGAGAGUUACAUUGUUUUCACCUAUAGGCCUUGUGGGUGCUGUUCCUAUGUGGGUCGACGAGGGAAUGGACCUCAGGCAAUCUCCAUUGGCAAGAACUGCGAUAAAUUUGGAAUUGUUGUUCAUGAAUUGGGUCACGUGAUAGGCUUCUGGCAUGAGCACACACGACCGGAUCGAGAUAACCAUGUGACCAUCAUAAGAGAAAACAUCCAGCCAGGUCAGGAGUACAACUUCCUCAAGAUGGAGCCCGGGGAAGUGAACUCGCUUGGAGAGGAGUACGACUUUGACAGCAUCAUGCACUACGCCAGGAACACCUUCUCAAGGGGGAUGUUUCUGGACACCAUUCUCCCCUCCCGCGAUGAUAACGGCAUACGUCCGGCCAUUGGUCAGCGUACACGUUUAAGCAAGGGAGAUAUUGCACAGGCAAGAAAGCUGUAUCGAUGUCCAGCAUGUGGUGAAACCCUUCAAGAAUCCAGCGGCAACCUGUCCUCCCCAGGAUUCCCCAACGGCUACCCUUCUUACACACACUGCAUCUGGAGAGUGUCGGUGACCCCGGGGGAAAAGAUUGUUUUAAAUUUCACCACGAUGGACCUGUAUAAGAGUAGCUUGUGCUGGUACGACUACAUCGAAGUAAGAGACGGGUACUGGAGAAAGUCACCCCUACUUGGUAGAUUUUGUGGGGACAAAGUGCCCGAAGUUCUGGCCUCUACAGACAGCAGGAUGUGGAUCGAGUUUCGUAGCAGCAGCAACUGGGUAGGGAAAGGCUUUGCGGCUGUGUAUGAAGCUGUCUGUGGAGGUGAGAUACGUAAAAAUGAAGGCCAGAUCCAGUCUCCGAAUUAUCCCGAUGACUACAGACCCAUGAAGGAGUGCGUGUGGAAGAUCACAGUGUCUGAGGGCUUCCACGUGGGCCUGACCUUUCAGGCCUUUGAGAUUGAAAGACAUGACAACUGUGCCUAUGACUACCUGGAAGUUCGAGACGGAUCCAGUGAAAACAGCCCUUUAAUAGGGCGUUUCUGUGGUUAUGAUAAACCUGAUGACAUAAGAUCUACCUCCAACACUUUGUGGAUGAAGUUUGUUUCAGAUGGAACGGUGAACAAGGCAGGGUUUGCUGCCAACUUCUUUAAAGAGGAAGAUGAGUGUGCCAAAGCUGACCGAGGAGGCUGCGAGCAGCGAUGUCUCAACACCCUGGGCAGCUACCAAUGUGCAUGUGACCCCGGCUACGAGCUGGGGCUGGAUAGGAGGAGUUGCGAAGCUGCUUGUGGCGGCCUUCUGACCAAGCUUAACGGCACCAUCACCACUCCAGGAUGGCCCAAAGAGUACCCUCCUAAUAAAAACUGCGUGUGGCAAGUGGUCGCACCAACCCAGUACAGAAUAUCUGUGAAGUUUGAGUUUUUUGAAUUGGAAGGCAAUGAAGUUUGCAAAUAUGAUUACGUGGAGAUCUGGAGUGGUCUUUCCUCUGAGGCUAAGUUGCAUGGUAAAUUCUGUGGUGCCGAAGUGCCAGAAGUGGUCACGUCCCAGUUCAACAACAUGAGGAUUGAAUUCAAAUCUGAUAAUACUGUGUCCAAGAAAGGCUUCAAAGCACAUUUCUUCUCAGACAAGGACGAAUGCUCUAAGGAUAAUGGUGGCUGUCAGCAUGAGUGCGUCAACACGGUGGGAAGCUACAUGUGCCAAUGCCGCAACGGAUUUGUGCUGCAUGAAAACAAACAUGACUGCAAGGAAGCCGAGUGCGAACAGAAGAUACACAGUCCACACGGCCUCAUCACCAGUCCCAACUGGCCAGACAAGUACCCGAGCAGGAAGGAAUGCACGUGGGAGAUCAACGCCACUCCGGGUCACCGCAUCAAAUUAGCUUUUAGUGACUUUGAAAUUGAGCAGCAUCAAGAGUGUGCUUAUGAUCAUUUAGAAGUGUUUGAUGGAGAAACAGAAAAAUCGCCAAUUAUGGGACGACUGUGUGGCAACAAGAUACCUGAUCCCCUUGUGGCUACUGGAAAUAAAAUGUUUGUCCGGUUUAUUUCGGAUGCAUCUGUUCAGAGAAAAGGCUUUCAAGCCACACAUUCGACAGAGUGCGGUGGCCGGUUGAAAGCUGAGUCCAAGCCCAGGGAUCUGUACUCACACGCUCAGUUCGGCGACAACAACUACCCCGGGCAGGUGGGCUGUGAAUGGCUAUUGGUGGCAGAACGGGGUUCUCGGCUGGAACUGUCCUUCCAGACUUUUGAAGUGGAGGAGGAAGCCGACUGUGGUUAUGACUAUGUGGAAGUCUUUGAUGGCCUUGACUCAACAGCGGUGGGACUAGGUCGGUUCUGUGGAUCUGGGCCACCAGAAGAAAUCUACUCAAUUGGGGAUACAGUGUUAAUUCAUUUUCACACCGAUGACACUAUCAACAAGAAAGGAUUUCAUAUAAGAUACAAAAGCAUAAGAUAUCCAGAAACCUCUCAUACCAAAAAUUAACACCCCUUAAAACCUCUGUCAGAACUUAAAAGAAUGUACAUAAUGGAGAGAAGACAUAUUUUUUUGUAAAAAAAAAAAAAACAAAAAACAAAAAACUGAAGAUAUUAGCACAAAUGUUUUAUAUAAUACGUUUGAACAAAAGACAACUUUAAGACCGGGAUCAUCUCUUUACUAAAGGAGAAGUUCCCAUCCAACUGGAUCAGUAUGGCAAGGGAACUCUGUUGCUGAGAAUGUUGGCAACGUUGGCAGAAGUGCGUCACAGG